CGAACAGGCGGCAUCUCUAGCCGACUGCACAAACGAGCGAUGCUGGGUGGGAUGAAGCCUUUGCAGAUGGACUGUGACAAGGUCGUCGCUGAGACGACGGAAACCUUCGUGGACGCAGAAGAGAAGUACGACAUGUUGGAGCUGAUUGGCAGAGGGAGCGCGGCGGUGGUCAAAAAGGCGGUGCGGAAGCAGGAUGGCGUCGUUGUUGCACUCAAGAUUGCCGGUUCCAAAGACAACUUCUCCUUGGCCGAGGCGGAAUUCCGGAUGCUGCAGUCCAUCAAGCAUCCGCAUGUAAUUCGGGCGCUCGACUUCUUCGCCACAUCCGUCAGCGCAAUCAUGGUCUUGGAAUUCUUCGAUGGUGGCAGCUUGGAGGAAGCAGUCCCAAAGCUGCCUGGAUCGCGUCUACCGGAGCUGAAAGCCCGGUCGCUGUUCAAAGCGCUGCUGUCAGCCGUGUGCUAUCUGCAUACCAGGCGCAUCAUCCACCGAGAUGUAAAGCCGUCCAACGUCGUGGUGUCCGCCGACCUCUUGGACUUGCGACUACUGGACUUCAACGUCGCCAAGCGCUUGACAGAAGGAGGAGCCUUGACAUUGACAGGGACACGGCUCUACUGCGCGCCGGAGGUUCUCGACGGCGAGCCACCGAACGAAGCCAAUGAUGUCUGGGGCUGCGGCCUUUGCAUUUACUUCAUGCUCGCCGGCCGGCUUCCCUGGAAGAUCCUGCCCACCGAGAACUUCUUCGAGACCCUGCCGGCACUUAGGGUCUCGGGAUCCUGGUGCCUUUCACUUUCGGAGCCCUGCAAGUCGGUACUGCGCCAAUGCUUAACGAUCGACCCCACCUGGAGACCGGCUGCGACGACCGUUAUGCUGCAUGAGUGGUUCUGGAUGCAGUAA